AUGUAAUAAUCGAUUUGGAUCAUUCUAAUAAUUCAAAUUUGUUGCAAAGCUGGAAAUAUUUGCAGUUUGUAUCCAUUAGACCCAUAAUCAUGUAUUGAAAAGACGUCAGACAUCAAAUGUAAAUUAUGGCUUUAAUCAAGGUUAAUACAAUUAUGUUGAAAAUAAAUGCAUUGAAUUCUACAACACCGAUUAUGGCUGUAUGAAUAAUUUAAACAGAAAUUCUUGUAUUUCACAAUUGGUAGAUUCAUUUAAUAAUGAAUUAAGAUGUAAAAAAUGUUUUUAUUGAAAUAGGUUUAUUUCAUGAGAAAUGUAUUUAGGCAACUAGUUAUCAUCUGAAAACUUUAGAAUGUAAUACUAAUUUUUCUAAAUUUUCCUGCUUAAAUGUUAAUUAAAUGGAUUGUGUCUGGUAAGCUUAAUGUUUAGAUUAUAAAUCUUAAAAACCUUAAUAACAUUAUUAGAGUUGUGAAGAAUAUUAUUCUUAAUCUGUAUCACCUAGAAUGUGUGCAAAGAUUCAAAAAUUUUAAUGUAAAUGCUUUUUUAAAUGGUAGGUUUUCAUGGAGGUAUAACUAUGGAUUAUAAAUGUAUUACAAUCAUAGACAGCCAACUUUCAGAAAUGAAAUGUUCUCAAAAAGGGAUAAAUAAAAAUGGAUGCAUUUUAAUUACAACUAAAAAUGAAACUUGUAUCAAGUAUUAUGUAUUUUAGGUAUCUUUAAAAAUAAUCAAUGUCAAUAUAUAGAUAUUGGCAGUCUCGAUUCUUGUGAAUUUUUGAACAAGCAAGCUUGCUUAUUACCUAAAAUGAAUAAUCUAUAAUGUUAAUGGACUUAAUAAAGAUGUACAAUAUUCAAAAAUAACAACUAUUCAUGUAAUUAACUAGCAGAUGUAAAUCCUUCUGUUUGUUAAAAUUUUGAGGGCAUCUGCUCAUAUAAUAUUUAAACCUAAGGCUGUGAAGAGGUAUCUCUAUCAUAAUUAAAUAAACUGCCUUGCUCCACCUUAGGUUUGAGUCAGGCGGCAUGUUUACUGAUAAAAAAUAAUUAUUGUACUUUUUAUAAGGGAUUUUGUGAAACUUUAUCAGAAGAAGAUUUAUAUAUAUAUAAAUGCGAUAUGUUUUUAAAUGAAGACUCUUGUACAAAUAUUAAAACUUAAUUUUAAUAUUGUAAAUGGGAUGGAAUGAAAUGUGAGAGAACUUUUAUGAAUUAAGAUCAGGAUUGUAAAGAAAAAAUUGAUAAUUCUAUUAAAUAUAAUGGUCUCUUUUGCUAACAUAUAUCUAAAGAGGUUGCUUGCAAAUAUGAUUUAUCUUCAAAAUAAUGUGUACCAAGCUUGAUAGAGGAUGAAUGUAAUUCCCCUUAUUUAAAUUUUUUUGGCUGUUUAAGUAUAACUGCACAUAAAUAAACCUGUUAAUGGACAACUAAGGGUUGUACACUGAUUACAGUAUUUCCAUUUAAAACUACUUGUGAAAGUCUAGGAUAUGCAAAUUAUAAUUCAUGUGCUUAAGUAAUAGAAAAUCUUUCAUCUGGUUGUUAUUAUGAAAAAUCUUUAUAUAAAUGCAAAAAGGUAGAUUUAUCAAUAAAUCAAAAAUUAUUUUUGGUAUCCAUUGAUUGUGAAAAUAAAUCAUUAGGUUUAAAUAGAAUACUUUGUGCAAGUGUAAUAAAACCAUAAACCGCUUGUAGAUGGCAUUAAAAUGAAUGUGUUAAAAUUAAUAAUCCAAAAGAAAUUUCAGAUGUUUCAUGUCAAGAAAUGUUAUUUUCAAAUUCAAUUAGUUGUGCCAUGACUUAAUUUAAUCAAGAACCUUGCAGAUUUGAAGAAUCUGCUAAAGGAUGCAUUAAUUCUGUUAAAUCAAAAUUUAGUUGUGAUUCUCCUGGUUUAAAUUCAUUUGCAUGUAGUUAAUUAGAUAAUGCUUGUUACUUUAAUACAAACAAAUUUUAAUGUCAAGUUUUUAAGACCUCAGAUUCUUCGCAAACUACUCCCUAAGAUUAAGAUUAAAAUAAUAAUUCAAAUAAUAAUUAAAAAAUCUAUGAGGGUUAAAAUUCUUUAAAUUGUAUAGAAAGUUCACCAACUAAAAUAAUAUGCUUGCUUAUAACUAAACCAGGCUAACUAUGCUAAUGGAAAGAUAAAUUAGAUAAAUGUGGUGAAGUAAUAGUUACUUUAAACUAAAAAUGCACGAGUUUCAAAAAUGUAAAUAGUAAUGUCUGUGCAUCAGUGUUCAUGGAAAAUCCAGAUUUUAUUCCUUAUAAUGAAAAAUAAUCAGUUGGAUAUUGUAAAUAUAACACUGGAACUUCUUCAUGUUAAGUUUUGGAUGGAAGUGAAAUUUGUGACACAAAUUGUUGCACAGAAAAUAGAUUUAUAGGAAUAAAUCGGCAUACAUGUAGUCGUUUAACAAAUAAAGCAGAUGUUUAUUGUUAUUUUGAUAAUUACAGAUGUAAGGAAUUGACAUAAAAUUUGGUUGAUGUUACAAAUAAAGAAGCAGUCAAGUAAUACUUCAAUGCUAAUGAAUUCAAUUGUUCAUAGAUGGGAAAGAAAUCAUGUCAUUUGAUUGAAUGGUCAACUUAAUAAUGGUGUUAUUUUAAUGGAAUAGCAUGCUAAAAUGUCAAUUUUGAGAAUCAAUCUAAUUUUAAAAUCUUUACAGAAGAACCUUCAAUUUUAAAUAAAUAUGCUUGUUUAGCAAUUGAAGCUUCUACAACUGUUUAUAAUAUAGAUAAAUAUUUUGAAUAUGAUCCUAUUAAUCAUCGAUGUAUUAGUUAAUAAUAUUAAAUAUCUCCUCCUUUUUAUGCUAGUUGUGAAGAUGUUCAAGGAAAUUCUAAUAUAUGUUUGAGAUUUACUAGUAAUAAUUAUUGUAAAUGGGAUAAAUAAUAAUUGAAAUGCGUUACAAUACCUUUGGAUGAAUUUUUAGAUAUGACAACUUGUUAUUAAAAUUAAAAUAUAAAGGCAUGUUCUGAAAAUCCUCAUGAAGCAUGUUUUUUCUCAUUUGAUUUAGAUAAAUGUAUCUCUGCAGUAACUUAUGUUCCAUGUAGUUAUUUUGAUUCAUAAGGGUUGGUAUCAUAAAAGGUAUGUGCUUAAAUAGAUCUUCCUUAAUAAUAGUGUGAAUGGUCUAAUUAUAGCUGUUAAAUAUCAGUAAAAACUUCAUCAAAUUGUGAUGUAAAAGGAGCAAAUAAAUAUACUUGUUACAAAAAUACUUAAGGAAAAUGUAGAUGGAGUAACGAAACCUCAACUUGUUAUGAGAUUGCAACAAUAUUAGAAAUAGAUGAAUUAGGGUGUGAUGAUAAUUUAAAUUAAGUUUUAUGUAAAUUAGUUAAAAAAGAAUCUUGUAUGUGGGAUGAAACUAUGUAUGAAUGCGUAAGAUUCCCAUAUACUCAUCAUAAUGAUUUCAUAUUUUUAGAUUAAAAAAACUUUUAUAAUGGAUUAGCAUGUCUAAACAUUACAGGAGCAGGGUAUAAAUAUGAUGAAAAAAAUAAUAAAUGCAUUUUAAUUUAAGAUUCGAUCAAUCGAAAUAGUUGUAAAUAAAUGAUAAAUGAUUAUGCUUGUUUAUAUUUGACUAGGGGAUAAAACUGUGUUUAUGAUACAAACUAAAUGCCUCCAUGUUAGGUAUUUACUGAUGAUUAAUCUUUAUGUACAACUUCAAAAAGUAUCAGCAUAGAGGUUUGCAUGAAGAUUCCAAAGUAAUGUUACUUUUCUAAAUCCAAAUUAUAAUGUUUAAUAGCAGAAAUUCCAAAAUCUUAGACUUGCUCUUCAUUAAAUGUAUAAUUAAAAUUUGGAAACCAUUAUAAUAAAUUAUCUUGUUCAUCUAUUGAUCAAUCUUUAACUUAAACUUAUUAAGAUGAUUAAUGCUAUUAAUCAGAAGAGAAAAAAUAGAAGUGUAAUUAUGAAAAUUAUUGUGAAUGGCAUGAUUAAAUUUAUGGAUGUUAAGUUAAAAAAUUAAAUAAUCUUAUUUUUGAUAAAGAACACACAGAAAAAAGUUCAGUUUUUGAAUACAGAUAUGAAAUUGAUAAUUGUACAAAUUAAUGUAAUUCAUAUGUAAAAACCUAAGAAAUUUUUUCAAAUACUUAUAAUGUUCUUCUACCAGGAAGUUCAAGUCCUUUGAUUUGUGGUUAAAAUAAAACAUGUGAUUACCAGGAUAAAAUAUGCUUAAGUAAUUUAGAUUGUCCAAUAAUUUAUACAAUACCUAUUUCAAUUAAUGAUGAUGGUUCAAUUAAUAACGGUACAAAAUAAAGUUAGUUAUGCACAAAAAAAUGUUAGAAAAAAGGUGAUAUCGUUUGUGAUAAAUAAAACCAAUAGAAACCUGAAGAAAUUCUUAAAAAUGCUGAAAUGAAUAUUUAAAAAUGUUAAGGAAAAUGUAAUAAUACUUAGAAAACAUCUUGUUUUGAAGAUUUUGAGUGUGGAUAUAAGACUUUGUAAGUUUAAGAUUCUAAUAAUGUUACUUCUGAAAUCUUAAUUUAAAAUAUUUGUGAAAAAUAUUAGUGUACGUAAGGUAGAAAUAAUUGUAAUAAUAAUAAUAAAAAUGAUUGUCCUGAUUAUGUUUAGAAAAGAUGGGAAACAAAGACUGCUUAAUGUGUUGAAAAACCUAAUUACAUAAUUACUCCAAAAUGUAAAGGAUUUGGUUAUAUUGAAUUAAAAUGUAAAAAUACUUUCUCUAAAGUAUUAUGUUUGUAUGGGGUAUUAGAAGAAUGCAUGUUUGAUUUAAAUCAAGGAGGAUGCAUGUAAUUAGAAGGAAAUGAAAAUAAAAUACCUGACUGUUCUGCAAUAUCGAGUAGAUGUUAACCUUCGAAUUUAGCUUUGGCAUGUGAUCCUGAGAAACCAGUAUGUAAGAAUAGUACUCAUUGCUUGAAAGAGUUCUUAAAUUCUUGUUUAGCAAGUUCUAACUAAAGAGUAUUAUGUAAAGCUGGAUAAACAAAGAUUAUACCUAAUUAAGAGACAUGCUUUUCUUUGUAAAGAGAAAUUUAAUAAUGUGAACCUCGUAAAAGUAUACCUGAAGAUCUAUCAUGUCAAAUGAUGAUAGGGGAUGUUUCCCCAUCUUUAUGUGCUUUAGCUAAUGAUAAUUGCCGUUAUGAAAAUAAUUAUUGUGUUAGUACAAUGCCCAAAAUGAUAGAAAAUGAAUAUAUUUGUGAUAAAAGUUUUAGUAAAUCUCUUUGCGAAAAAUGUAAUUGUUUUUUUGAAUUUAUUGGAUAUUGUUAGCAAAAACCAUUACCUCCUUAACUAAAUACAAACAUGUCAAACAAAUAUUAUUUAUGCCAUGAAGUUAAUCAGUUGAAUAUUGAAAAUAAAUUAAAUGUUUGUGUUUAGGUAGAAUAAGCAUGCAAAUUUAUUAAUAAAAAGUGCGAAGAUGCAACACAUUAUAAUUGUGAGUAAUUAAAGGGAUAUUACACAACAGUCAAAGCUUGCAUUCGCUGUUAAGGAGCUAGUACUUAAUAUGAUAUUUCUAAUAAUAUAUGUACCUACUUAGGAUUAGGAAAUAUUUCAAAUUGCUAUUUUUUAAAUUAAUAAGCAUGUUUAUAAAAAACAUAAAAAAUAAUGUGUAAAUGGGAAGAUUAUGAAUGUAAAGAGAUAAAAACAAUAACAGGAUCUGAUAAAAGAGAAUGUUCAAUUUAUAAUAGAGAUGCUUGUAUAUAAUUCUAAUAUGAUUGUUGGUUUGAUUUAAAUAUUAAAUAAUGUAUAAAGUUUGAUCCAAAGUUGGGAUCUUGUGAUUUACUUUUAAAUAAAGAUCUUUGUAUGUAUUCAUUAAAAGAAUCUUGUUUAUGGGAUUAAAAUAAUGAAAUUUGUAUUAAAAACGAUCAAGAAAUUACAGGAUGUUAAGGUUUAAAUAAAUUUGGAUGUUUAAAUUAAUCAAUUUUAUAAUGUGUUUGGUCAGAUAUAUAUGGAUGUUAAUUGGCUGAUUUUAAUAAUAAUUCUUAAUCAUGUGAUUCUCCUAUAGGAAAUUCUUAAAAAUCAUACAUCACUCAUUUUAGUAAAAAAGUUUGUUCAUCAAUUAAUAUAAAUUUAAAUUGUUUUUAAGAUAAUUAUUAUCGAUGCAGAAAAAUAAUUAUUACAGAUAUGAUUAAAUGUGAUAGUAAUGGAUUAAAUAAAUUUGGUUGUAUAAAUAGAUCAUAUGGAAAAUGUUAGUAUUUAGAUGAACAAAAAGAAUGUAUAGAAAUCUAAAAUGAUUAGAUUGGAUGUAUAGAUUCUUUGAAUAAAGAAGCUUGUAUCUCUUAAAAGUAAACUUGUAAAUUUGAAAAUAAUACGUGUUCUUUUCAUUAAGUGAAUAAAAUUACUGAUAUCAUUAAUUAGAUUGAAAAUUUUCCUUAUUCCAAUAGUGUAUGUAGUUAUUUAGAUAAAUAAAUUUAAUAAAGUUUUCUUUAUAGUUAAGUGUAAAAUAGAUGUAUUGAUGUGUCUAAUAGAAAUCCAUUUAUUGAUAAUUGUUCAAUGGUAGGAAUCAAUCGGUAUGCUUGCUAAUAAAAGACUAUUUUAGCAUGUGAAUAUGAUUCUGAUGAAAACAUUUGUUUAAAAACAGAGUAAUCAAUAUUGAAAACAAUAAAUACUUGUUUUAGUGAUAAAUAUUUGAAUUGGGUCUCUUGCAUUAGUUUAAGUUCCUAAUGUAAAUUUAUUUAAAAUAAAUGCUUACCAAUUGAAUCAAAAGAUAAUUGUUAAUAUCUUUAAGAUUAAUAAAUAAUUGUGAAAAGUUCUAUUUGUGCAACUAGAAAUGAUAAAGGUUGUAAAUUAAACAUUACUUCAAACACUUGUGAGAUUUUGAAUAAAGGAGAUAACUUUUAAUGUACAACUUCUGGUUUGAAUAAAAUUGGCUGUUUAUUUUAAACAAAAGGAUAUCUUUGCAAAUUUUAAUAAGAUCAAUGCUUCUUUGAUUUUCAAGAAACAGUCUGUGAAGAUUUAAUUAAUGAAGAUAAGUGUUAUUCAAUCAAAACUAAAGGACAAUAUUGUAGAUUUGACUAAAAUAAAGGGUGCUAUUAAAUUGAUAAUUCUAAAAAUGAACUACUUAAAUGUUAGCACUCAUUUAAAACCAAUCCUAUUACAUGUUCAAUUAGUAUAGAUGUACCUUGCUUUUAUAAUAUAAGUUCUAAAACUUGUAUAAAAUAUUAAAAUCCUCAAGGUGAAAUUUAAUUGACAAAUCAAGAUUAUUUUAUUUUUAACUUGCAAUCUUUCAAUUCUCAAGCUUGCUAAAUAAAUAGUAUUGCGAGAUUUGAUUCUAUAACUAUUUCUGGAAAAUUAAAAACUUAAUGGAUAGGUGAAUGUGUUGAAAUAUUUGAAGUAAAUUUAAAUACUUUAAAGUGCAACGAUAAAUUGAAUGAACAAAGCUGUAUAUCCAUAUAAACUCCUUUUUAAUAUUGUUAAUUUACUAAUUAACAAUGCAAAUUAUCAAAUCUUGAAAAUUUUAAAAAACUGUAAUGCUAAAAUAUCUCAAAAAUCAAUUCAGGAAUGUUUUGUUAAGUAAAUCAAGAUUAUGCUUGCUAAUUUAAUAAAAAUACAAAUUCAUGUGAAACUGUUAUUUCGAGUAACCAAAUUUAUUGUGUUGAUGAUAAUCCAGAAGUUUUAGGAUUUAGUAAGAAAGCAUGUAAUUUAAAUCGUGAAUGUACAUUUUCUAAUGGAUGUUAUUAAUUAAAAGCAACUGAAAAUAUUAAAUAUUGUAAUGAAUUUUCUAUAGAUUAAUGUUAUAAACCGAAGAGAGAAGGAUGCAAGAUAUAUCAAAAAAAAUGUAUGGCAAUAAAUUUAACUGAAUACUCAACAAUAAAUUGUAAUGAAGCAGCAAAUAAAUUAGGUUGCUUAAACAUUAAAACUGAAAAAUAAUUUUGUCAAUAUAUUGAAGAAAAAUGUGAAUUAAUUUCACUAAAAGAAAAAGAAAAUUAUUGUUUGGAAUUUUCAUCAAUUAAUAGUCCUGUAUUUUGUGAGAAUACUAUUGAUAUUCCUUGUAAAUAUAACUCUUAAUAAUAUAAAUGCGAAAAUGCAGAAGCAGAGAUAGAAUUUUAGUGUAUUAGAGGAUUAAAUUAAAGGGCUUGUUUGAAUCUUACAAAAUAAUCUUUAUAAUGUUAAUUCUAUAAUUAUUGUUAUGGACCUAAUUACGAUAUCCUNUACCUUGCUUUUAUAAUAUAAGUUCUAAAACUUGUAUAAAAUAUUAAAAUCCUCAAGGUGAAAUUUAAUUGACAAAUCAAGAUUAUUUUAUUUUUAACUUGCAAUCUUUCAAUUCUCAAGCUUGCUAAAUAAAUAGUAUUGCGAGAUUUGAUUCUAUAACUAUUUCUGGAAAAUUAAAAACUUAAUGGAUAGGUGAAUGUGUUGAAAUAUUUGAAGUAAAUUUAAAUACUUUAAAGUGCAACGAUAAAUUGAAUGAACAAAGCUGUAUAUCCAUAUAAACUCCUUUUUAAUAUUGUUAAUUUACUAAUUAACAAUGCAAAUUAUCAAAUCUUGAAAAUUUUAAAAAACUGUAAUGCUAAAAUAUCUCAAAAAUCAAUUCAGGAAUGUUUUGUUAAGUAAAUCAAGAUUAUGCUUGCUAAUUUAAUAAAAAUACAAAUUCAUGUGAAACUGUUAUUUCGAGUAACCAAAUUUAUUGUGUUGAUGAUAAUCCAGAAGUUUUAGGAUUUAGUAAGAAAGCAUGUAAUUUAAAUCGUGAAUGUACAUUUUCUAAUGGAUGUUAUUAAUUAAAAGCAACUGAAAAUAUUAAAUAUUGUAAUGAAUUUUCUAUAGAUUAAUGUUAUAAACCGAAGAGAGAAGGAUGCAAGAUAUAUCAAAAAAAAUGUAUGGCAAUAAAUUUAACUGAAUACUCAACAAUAAAUUGUAAUGAAGCAGCAAAUAAAUUAGGUUGCUUAAACAUUAAAACUGAAAAAUAAUUUUGUCAAUAUAUUGAAGAAAAAUGUGAAUUAAUUUCACUAAAAGAAAAAGAAAAUUAUUGUUUGGAAUUUUCAUCAAUUAAUAGUCCUGUAUUUUGUGAGAAUACUAUUGAUAUUCCUUGUAAAUAUAACUCUUAAUAAUAUAAAUGCGAAAAUGCAGAAGCAGAGAUAGAAUUUUAGUGUAUUAGAGGAUUAAAUUAAAGGGCUUGUUUGAAUCUUACAAAAUAAUCUUUAUAAUGUUAAUUCUAUAAUUAUUGUUAUGGACCUAAUUACGAUAUCCUAAAUUGUAAACCUAACUCCACCAAUAAUUGUUGCAUUUAAGCAACUACUAUAGAGAGUUGUUUAUUUUAGGAUUAGUUUAAAUGUUAAUGGCAAAAUCAAUAGUGUUCUAAAUAUUCAGAAUAGAAUUUAAAGAAGUAAUCUUGUGAAAUGUUAACUAAUGUCUCAAGAUAAGUUUGUUAUGAAAAAGAAGACUCUGUUUGUGUUUUCAAUAUAGAUCAAUUAGGAUGUAUAGAAAUUACUCCAGAAACAUGUGAUUAAGUUUAAACAAAAGAGUAAUGUAAUAAAUUGUAAGAUUUGCCAUGUUAUUGGAAUUUUGUAGAAUUAUAAUGUUUAUUUAAAGAUAAAAAUCUUAAUGAUGGAUGUUAAGAAAUAUAAAAUUAAUGGGGAAGUUAAAGAGCUUGCUUGGAUGUUGAAAAAUAAGGGUAAAUGUGUAAAUAUGAUUAAAAAUGUGGUGCAUAUGUAUAAACUUAAGAAAUUGGUUGUUCGAAAUAAUUAAAUAAAUAAUCUUGCUUAAAGUAAGUAUUCCAUUAAUGUUUUUGGAAUAUUUAUAAAGUUGAUAUUAAAAAAACUAGUCAAAGUAAAUCAAAAGAUAAAAUUGAAUUUGGUAUUUGUCAUGAGUAUAAUUAAGAAUCAGAUUUUCAAUGUAAUUCUAAUCUUAGCUAUUUAACUUGUUUAAACAUUAAUACACCUAAUAUUUUUUGUAAAUGGGAAGAUAAUGAAUGCAAAGAGGUUAAAAAUAAUCAAAUAUUUACUUUAAAAUCUUUUUCUUAAGUAAAUUGUAAUACAUGUGGUAUCAUAAAUGAUGGUUCUCAUGCUAUAUGUGAUACUAAAAAUUUUAAAUGUUAGAAUGCAAGAUUAUAAAAGAAUAUUUUAUGUGAUUUACCAGGUAUGAAUCGAGAAGCUUGUUUUUAUGUUUAAGGUUAACCAUGUAAAUGGGAUGAUACAAUAAAAAGAUGUCUAAAAUAAAAUGAACCUCUUAAUUAAAAAAAAUUUAAUUCAUAAGAUAGUUGCAAAUUAUUCGAUGUUAAUGUUUAAGUGUGUUCUUAAUUAUAUAUACCACUUCCUUGUGGAUUUUUUGAAAGUUCCUGUGAUUAGGUUGAUCUUAAUUAAAUAUCUUGUGAUUAUCCAGGAUUAAAUUAAUAUGCAUGUCUUAAAAUUAAAAAUCAUCCUUGUGGAUGGAUUUAUGAUGAUAUACAAAAAAAUUAUGAAUGCAAAUUUAUCUAAGAUUUUGAUGCAUGUUUAGGAUAUAAUUAUUUUGUUAACCCUUUUGUAUGUACAUAAGUUACUCAUGAACCAUGUUUUUAUAAUUAAAAUUAAAAAAAUUGUGUUUUAUUUUAGUAAAAAUAAAAUUAAUGUAACUUAAUUGGAAUAAAUAGCAUAGGAUGUUCUUUAAUAGAUAAUUGUGUUUUUGUAAAAGGAAAUUGUGUUAAAUAUGAUAAAAAUAUGAAUUUAAGCUGUGAAGAUGCUUUAUUUUCAAAUUAUAAGGUUUGCUCAUAAAUAGAAAAAAAUAGAUGCAAAUACAAUAUUUUGGGAUAUGGUUGCAUAUCAUCAGAAUUGUAGGAUAUAUGUUCUGCAAAAGGUAUUAAUUAGAUUGGAUGUAAUGAAUUAAAUGAAUGUUAAUGGAAUCAAUCUUAAUGUUAGUGUAAAUCUAUGAUAAAUAAAUAUCCUGAAUGUGAUUUAAUUACUGUUUCAAAAAAAUGUUAAAGUUUAAAUUACUGCAUAAUUGAUGCAUCUAAUUCUUAAUAUGCUAUUGAUAUUACUUAGUAGUUAAUAAAUUCAAAUUUAGCAAAAUGUAAAAGAAAGACAUGUGAUUAUUAUAAUAUAGACUAAUGUGAUGGUCAAUAAAUUGAUACUUAAAUAUGUUAUUUAAAUACUAAUAAAGAAUGUAAAUAAGCUAGUAAAUGUGAAGAAAUUAUUUCACCUUUGAAAGAUUGUUAGAAGUACAUUAUAAAAAAUAAACAAUGUUUGAUUAGCUAAGUUAAUAAUAAUUGUGUAGCUUCACCAGAAUGUGAAAGCUUGGAUUAUAAUAUGUGUUUAUAAUUUACAGAUGAUUGUAUUUUUGAGUCUGUAUGUAAAACAUUAGAUUGCAAAUAUUUUAGAACAGAAAGGAAAUGUGUUGAAAAAAAAUGUGAAUGGUAAAAAUAAAAUAAAAGUUGUAUCAAUUCAAAAAAAUGUGCUUCUCUUGAUAAAGAGGUUUGUAUGAAUAGUAAAUAAAAUGGAAAAUAAUGUGUUUUAAUAGGGGAGGAUGAAGAGAAUCAAUUUUGUACAGAUAUUGGUUGUAGAUAUUUGUAAAUAAAAUAUUCUUUAUGUAAUGGAGCUUAAAUAGGGGAGGAUGCUUGUGUUGCUUUACCAGAUUCAACUUGUGUAAGUUGUUAAGAAAUUAUAGAUCCUUGUAUUUGUUUGUUAUUUCAAGAUUCAUGUGAAUAUGAUCGAUUUCAUAAUAUUUGUAAAUCUAUUGAAUGUGAAAGUUUGAAUUAAGAAACAUGUCCCUCUACUAGAUGUUAAUUUGAUUUGGACAAACAAGUAUUUUAUUAAAUCAUCUUUUAGAUAUGCAUUCCAUUUUGUUAAAAUAAUUACAGUCGUAAAUAAUGCAAUAUUUAUGAUUUUAGCUGUUAUUGGGAUAAUGAUAAAUAAAUAUGUCUCUAAAUUAAAGUAUCCAAGAGUUUAAAUAGACCUUUAAUAAUCAAAAUUAAAAAUAAUUAAGAAUUGGUUUUAAAAAUAUUAAGCCUCAUUUAUAUAUUAUGUUUUUGA